AUGCCGGGAAUCGAUGACCGAGUAGCGGAUAUCCGAGCCGUUUUUAUUGUAUUCAUACCUCUGGUGUGCCUUUCUCUCACAUUGCGCUGCUAUGUGCGUGGAUGGGUUGUCAGAGCAUUCGGCUGGGACGAUGGAUUGAUGAUCCUAGCAUUUGCAGUGUAUAUUGCGGGCUGUGCUUUUGCGAUUACAGGAACAUAUUAUGGGUUUGGCCAUAGAACCAAGGACCUGACGACGCAUCAAGCCGUGACUGCGCAGAUGUAUUCAUUCCUUGAUCAGGUCUCAUAUGUGGUUUCAACAGGCGUCUGCAAAAUCUCGGUCUGCGUUUUCCUGAUUCGAAUCACCGUUAGACCACUCCAUCUCCGACUUCUCUAUGCAAUGCUAAUUUUCAUCUCAAUACACUUAACUGCCUAUUUAAUUGUGUACUUUGCCAUUUGCCAACCGCUUGUGUAUUUUUGGACCAGGUUAUCGCCCGACACCAAGGGUACCUGCCUGGGUCCAAGGCGCUUCAAUGCCAUGACAUACACGCUUGCUGCCACCCUAUGUCUCAUUGAUUUUGCCCUGGGCAUUGCUAUUCCCUUUUUGAUUGUCCACAAACUCCAGAUGCCAAAAGCAACAAAACUUUCGGUGUUGGGUCUCAUGGGUUUGGGAUGUCUUGCAACUGUUGCUCUUUUAUUGCGAUUUCCAUACAUGACUAUGCACGUAUAUUCCGAACCUUUAUACAGCACCGUCGAUGUGAUCAUCUGGGCCUAUGUCGAAGCCGGCUUAAACAUAUUUGCGGGGAACCUCGCAACGCUUGGCCCGCUCCUCCGUGUCUGGUUUCGGGUACAUCACCGAGACCGACACACAAUGCCCGUUCCCGGGCAGACACGUCUAGCAGGUCGACCCCGUGGCGUCCGGGAUCUUUCUUUCCCACUAUCAACACUCGAUGAGACUGUCGAGAGCAGACUUCGGCCAGAUAAACUUUGCGUGACGGUGACACAGGUCCGGAGCCAACACCGUUCGGAGGCGCAUGAUGCGAAUAACAGCCAGGAGGAACUGACGGCUGAAAGACGGAGCACGUCGGCUAGUAAUGGCGGGGAGCUUGGACAGGGAAUUUAUAGAACGACUGAGGUGAUGCAAACUUCGGAUGUAGAGUCUGUUAUUGCGGGGGAGCGUGUCUAG